AUGGGCAAAUCGGAUUUACUGACGCUUGUAGAAUCGUUGAAUGAGGGCUUAACAAACCCCGAGGCCCACCUGCAAAAGGAGGCUUUUGUGAAGCUAAAUGUCGGCAUUCGUUCGUUGCCCUCAAAAUGCUUCACUGAAGAAGGAGUGUCCCACGUCAUUGAUUUUUACGUAUCGCGCUUGGUCCUGUUUCAUCCGGACUUGGUUACUACUCUUUUGGAGGGCAUUCUAUGGUUUGCCGAUCACCAACUCCUCAAUGCUGCUUGUGCCAUUAGAAUCUGUAGCGACGAGUGCCUCGACGCCCUUCAAAUCCCCAGUCUUUGUAAAAAGGAUCGUCUGAUGGCUUUUCGACUUCUUCAUGCGCUUUUUUCAACUCCCUCCACCCGCCAAGGCCUAAUUUCAAUGAAGUUUGAACUAAUUCGCAGAUUCAUUGCGUCAGUUGAGAGAGAAAAAGACCCCGAAUGUCUGAUGCUCAUCUUCCCUAUGCACUCAAUUGUACUGCAGCACUUUGAGCUGGGACAUAUGGCCGAGGAGCACUUUGAUUGCAUGGCAGCCUACUUUCCAGUGGACUACGCACCGCCACCCGGAAGUCCGUUGACAGUUGCUCGUUCCGAGCUGGUUGAUAAGUUGCACGCCUGUCUGUUUGCCUCCCGGCAUCUCGACGGCUCUCUUCUGCUGCCCCUUCUACUCGAAAAGGCAAACUCAUCGUGGCAGGAGGGGCGAACGGAUGCCUUAGCCCUGCUCGCCGACUGCCUAGUCGGUCUUCCUCAGGCAGCCUCAUUUUUCUCCGACUUUGCCCUGAAUCUUCCGUCUGGUGUUGAAGAGGAUCCCAUCCCGGCAAACUACGUGUCGGCCUACCUAUUUGCUAUAUGUAACAUGGUUAGAGAGCUAGCAAUUGAACUAGAAGCCUCGGAUCGCACAGACAACGUCCGCCAGCUACUCACCAUUGUUGCAGGGCUUGCAAUCAUGCAUAAAGACGAAGUACUGAGCCUAACAUCAUAUUUACUCCUUAAGUCGGCAGACGUGGAUUUCGUGGAGGCCUUCCUCGACUCCCUGUGGUCAGAAAAGAGUGAGAAGGAGGUAAUGCGACUCAGUGGCUGGUUCACUCUCCCCCCAGCUGGCACCGAAUCGCCGUUGAAAUCGCCUCCCCUUGGAUUAGCAUCUGACUGCAUUGUUGUGGCUGCUGUGGCAUCACUUAAUGGUGCCCUUCUCGUCCGACUAUUCCAGCGUCUCGCAGAGCCGCUUCUGUUUCCAAAGGUUAACCCGCUACCGUCUGAUGACUGCUAUUAUCGGUCGAAAUUUGAACAGGUAGUCAUAAUCUCUUUGGAUUUUCUUCAAGGCCAUACGGUAGAUGAGACGCAAGCCCUGUCAAUCAUUUUCAACCUCUCACACACCCUGAAACGCUCCUGUUCUGACCUUCGACUAUGUGCUGGUGAUCGUCAGCGAUGUCUUGCCGAAAUCGUAGCCUUCAAUCUUCUCUGCCGUGUACUAUCUUAUUGCACAGAAGUCAGUGAAGAUGUCAGAAAAGCCUUUCUGGAGUUUAUUCCCCAUGUUCUGGAACACACUGCGCCUAGUAAAGAUACAGAGGCUAAUAUGAACGUCUUAAGGUCGGAACAACGGGUUUUGCUUUCCAGAAUUGUCUCCGAGCCCUCGCCGGUAGGGGAUGGCCUUAUGCGUCUGCUUUUACCAAUUAUCGAAAAAAAUUUAUCGGAUAGUCUCGAGUGUGCUGCAAUCGAGAUACUUCAGCGAGCAUCCUGCAAUAACAGCGAUAUUUUUAAGAGCCUCUUCACUCUCCUCUUUGAGCGGUGCUCAGAUACAAUUAGCAUGCCUCCUGCCAGUAGACUGGUCUCCUCACUGCUGUUUGUUGCGAAAUCUCUUCGAAGGAAUGACGAGAACCGCUUACUCCCUUUUCUGGCUAGCUUUCUCCAAAAUCGUGUGAAUAACAUCAUUGACUUGACGGAUUACCUCAUAACUGCUUUGGCCAAUGAAAAAGCCGAUAUCUGCUUGACAGAUCUGCUAUCGGUGGUUCGUUUGACAACCUCGGGUCUGUCUGAGGACCUGCGGUCGCUCCUCACAUCGCAGCUCACCUCAUCUCCAGAUCGACAAAAUAUUGUCGACCGUUUCACCUCUCUUCUCUUGGACUCAGGCGAACUGGGUCUGCAGGAUCUCCAGCGGGCCUGCCUCGUUGACAACUUACACUUGCUAUUGCAAACUUCUACUGACGGCGAAGAAGACGUGCUCUCCUUGAAUGCGGACAUUCUCCAUUGUCAAGUGAAUCCACUAGCUGUCCAGAAAUGCUAUUGCCUUGUUGGUCUGCGUCUGCGUGCUGCUUGGGAGAAGUCGAAAAUGCAUAUCAGCCCCUCUUCGGACAAUUCACUGGAGGCCGCCUUCCUUCAUGGCUACCUCCGACUGACCUCGCUUCUGCCAGACGAAAUUAUCGGUGACUAUGCCUCGGAUGCACUCGAGGCCUCAGUGCUAGCUGUCACCUCUGGACGGUACCCGUUGUCGACGCAGGCGCUGGCCCUCUCCAUCGUUUCCCGAUUAGUGGCGGCGGCGGAGGCUGUCGACAGCAAUUUCGCCUCUUCUGCAAUCUCUCCCAAUUGUGCUGACGACUUCUUCGCGAAGCUGCUUCACCUGGGAAUGGUAAUUGCGAAUUGUGGACGCACGAAUUUCUCUUUCUACACUAAGCCGACAACCGUUUCCAACCUGCAUUUCAAUUUGGCGCGUUGCCUCCGCUUUCUCGUUGGUCUUUCGCCUUCGGUGACAUCUCGACACCGCGUGGGCGUUCGACGCCUUCUCGAAGGCCUCCUCGACGACGACUGCCAGUCCGUGCGGCUGGAGGCAUCUCGCGCAUACAACGAGUGGUGCCUCAAAGUCUAA